AUGCGGCGGGCGCGGCGGAUCUCUUCAGCCACGCCUCUUGCCCAAGAGAAGUGCGCGAGCGCUCCCUGCCCGCCGCGUAUUCCAGGGCCUCCAGCCGAAACAAAAAACGCUGAUGUUCGCUAUGUCUCCUCUUCCGGCUGCGCGGCGCCUCGCGCGCUUCGCACUCCCCGCCCCUCGCCGUCCUCGCGUCGCCUCUCUCCGUGGCGCGCCACUCUGUUUGCCGCUCUCGCGCUGCUGACUCUUGUUCUGCUGACUCACCAUUUGCGGCAGCCAGUCCUCGCGAAAGACCCGCCUUCUUCUGGAUCAGGCAAAGGCUCCUCCUCGGGGGCAAACUCGGGAAAGGAUGGAGGCGGCGGCGACAACCGAGACGGACCCGGUGACCUCGUCCCUCCCGCGCCCCUCGGCCGCUACAAGCCGACUCCCACGCGAGCGAACUUCACUGACCUCGCAAGCGAUAUGCUGGACUGCGUCGAGCAGCUCGCGUGGACGCUUCAACACCCUGAGCUCUCUCGCGUCCACCUGCUGGCGUGUCUUCUCGACAUGCCCGGCGACAACACUGUGCCGAAGGCACUGGAGAAGGCCGGAGGCGACUCAGAGGAGCUGCGCACGGGUAUCCAUAACGUCCUGAUUCGGAUGCCGCAGAGUGUGGUCGCCCUGUCGUUUGGAGAGGCGCAUGCUCGCCCUGAGCUGCGGCAGGUUGUCCUCGACGCGUUUGCAAAUGCGGAGUCGCAGGGCAUGUCUGUCGUCGGCCUCCACAACCUCGUGAACGCACUGGCGGAGUGCGAUCGCUUCCGGAGCCGUCUCACCGGCGUUGGCACGGACGUAGAGCAGUUCCUCAAAUUGAUUAACGACGCAUACAUCGGUCAGUCGAAAGUCGAGCAAAAGGAAGCCGCAGGGGGCUCGCCCGGCAAGGAGUGGAUGAAAAGCUUUGGCGUCGACCUCACGGAGCUUGCUCGCGAAGGAAAGCUGGGCGCGGUCACCGGGAGAGAGGAGGAAAUCGAACAAAUCACCUCGGUCCUUAGUCGCAUGAGCAAGGCGAACUGCCUGCUUCUCGGUGACCCCGGAGUGGGGAAGACAGCAGUUGUCGAGGGUCUGGCGCGACGCAUUGCUGACGACGAAGUGCCCGAUGCGCUCUUGGGCGUCACAGUCUUCUCGUUGGAUGUCGGGUCCCUGCUCUCCGGUUCGUCCAUGCGAGGCGAGUUUGAGAAGCGGAUGAAGGGCAUUCUUGACCACCUCCUGGCGACGGAGAGGUCUACGAUUCUGUUCAUCGAUGAGAUCCACACGCUGAUGGGAGCAGGAAAGGCCGACGGCCCCAUGGACGCUGCGAACCUGCUGAAGCCUGCGCUCGCCAGAGGCGCUCUGAGAGUCAUCGGCGCGACGACGCGUGCGGAAUACCGUAAGUACAUCGAGAAGGACAUGGCGUUCGCGCGACGCUUCGUCACAGUCGAGAUGAAGGAGCCAGACGUGGCGAAGACAAUCACCAUGCUGAAGGGCAUUCGCCGCAACCUCGAGGCUCACCACAAAAUGAAAAUCACCGACGAGGCCCUGUUGGCUGCGGCGACCUUGUCAGAUCGCUACAUCAAGAAUCGCCAGCUCCCUGACAAAGCGAUGGACUUGGUUGACGACGCAUGCGCCAUCAAGAAAGUCAAGGCUCUGAGGCGCCUGGCGCUGAGCGCCUCCGACGCAUCUUCGCAGAGCUUCGAAAAACGCGAUUCAAGCGAGAACCCGGUCCCCUCGUAUGGAGCCCUGCGGCAAGGACAGAAUAGCGAACUGCCUGAGCUGGAGAGGCAGGUGAGCGGCCUUGUCAACCCCGACGACAUGAUCCUGACCGACGCCGACGUCGCAGACGUGGUCAGCAUGCGCACGGGCAUUCCUGUGAGCAAGUUGACGGAGACCGAUCGCCAACGCAUUUUGAAUCUUCCGGCGAGCUUGCAAGCGCAAGUCAUCGGACAAGAGGAAGCGGUCGAGGCGGUGGCGAAUGCCAUUUUUCGCUCGCGUGCGGGUCUGGCUCGCCGCAACGCGCCCAUCGGCACCUUCCUUUUCCUCGGAUCCACGGGUGUCGGCAAAACUGAGCUGGCGAAAGCCCUGACGAUGGCUAUCUUCCACGACGAGAAGAGUCUCAUUCGGCUGGACAUGUCUGAACACUCGGAAGCCCACACAGUCGCGCGGCUGGUCGGCAGCCCUCCGGGCUACGUGUCCCACGACGAUGGCGGGCAGCUGACGGAGGCCGUUCGCCAGCGGCCGCACAGUGUCGUUCUGUUUGAUGAAAUCGAGAAUGCCCACCCCAACGUCUUUGCGUACCUUCUCCAGCUGCUUGACGAAGGCCGUCUGACAGACAUGCGCGGCAUCACCGUGGACUUCACCAACUGCGUCAUCAUUGCCACGUCGAACAUUGGAGCCACGCACAUCCUCGCGGCGAGCGAGAAAGCUGCAGAGGACCCCUCGGGGAAGGUCGCCAUCGGUCACUUUGACGGCGAGCGCGAGCAGCUGGAGCACUUUGCGGACGCCGCCGCCGGCGCGCAAGCCGCCGACCAGCUGCAGGCCGGCAAGGAGUCGACCAGGAGUCCCGAAAAGACCCUGACGCGACGCAAGAAUGUCAACUGGAAGACUCAGGCCCGCGCUGCCGUCCUCGCCGAGGCCGCCCGCGUCUUCAAGCCCCAGGUUCUCAACCGCAUGACCAUCAUCAUUUUCGAUCCCUUGACGCCCCAAGACAUGAAGCAGAUUCUGCGCCUGCAGGAGAAGGGCCUCGCCAGCCUGCUUUCUGAGCAGAACAUCGAGCUCAUCAUCGAUGAGGAGGCAGCCGUUUACAUCAUCGAGCGCGCUUACAGCCGCCACUUUGGCGCCAGACGCCUCAAAAGGUUUUUCGACAAGAACAUUACAGGAAGACUGGCGCCGUGGAUUCUCUCCGGCUGGCUGCGGCCCGGCAUGCGGCUUAAGAUUACGGCCUCGCGAACGCGCAAGAACAGUCUCGAGGCUCACGUUUGCGAGCUGGAUCCUCGAGGUCGGUGCUUCACAGCUUCGCGGCGGGCUCGCAUUCUAUGCACGGUGAAGAUCCCAGACAAGAGCAGAGACGCGGACGACCCUCUGUAA